AUGGACCCCUCGUCUAACGAUGUGGUUCCCUCGAAAAGGAUCAUGCUUGGAAGACGCCCCUCGAUUACCACCGCGUCGGAUAUUAGUCCCUCAGAAUCUUCAUCGCCGCCAGCUACCCCAGUUUCCGAGUACCAAGCAACUGCAACUCAGACCUCGCCUUCGGAUCAUGGCAGCGCGGCAUGCGACCGCAACCUGCGUGACAUCAUGGCGGCCGACGCCCAAUACGUCCGGAUUCCGGACUGUUUCUCGUCCAUCAUGUCCGUCGAGCCCGCCAUGAAUGUCAACUGGGAGCGGCUCAAGGAGGAGGCCAACGCAUGGAUCAAGGACAUCUACCACCUCAGCGAUGCACAGGCGAAGAAGCAUUCACGAGCCAAUUUUGCGUUCAUGAACGCCAUGUGGAUUCCGUACGCCGACGAGGAGUCUUUCCGGGUGAUGCUGGAUUGGAACAACUGGGAAAUUGUAGAAUUCGAUGAAGGCCAUUUGAAAGACGACCCCAUCAAGGCGCAGAAGGAGCUUGAUGCUCACAUGGCAAUCUUGGAAGACAAGAACCCGCCAGUGCAGCGUGACGACAACCCCAUUCACUACGUAUUCCAGACAACUUGGGAUCGUUUCAAGAAGGUCAUAUUUCAAUUGCUUCAAGUUUCGGCAUCCAUGAAGGGCUACUUUGAAGGCCUGAUUGGUCAAGUCAAGGUGCAGGAAUCACAAAAGGCGUUGAAGAUCUCAGUCAAGCAGUACAUGGACUUCAGAAGGGCGACAAUUGCCUGCGAGCCAUGCUACGCCCUCGUUGAGUAUGCGCACGGAAUUAGCAUCUCGCAGGAGCAGGUUGACCACGAGUCGGUCCAAACCUGCAUGCAAACUGCAUCUGAUCUCGUCAUUCUUGUCAACGACAUCCUCUCAUAUCGCAAAGACUUAGAGCAAGGAGUUGACCACAACCUCAUCUCGCUUCUUAAGGCGCAGGGCUACUCAACCCAGGCUGCUGUGGAUAAGAUUGGUGACAUGAUCGAUGAGUGCUACAAGAGAUGGUACGGCGCGAUGGUGAGAAUGCCCCUCUGGGGCGAGAAGAUCGAUCGGGAGGUCCUCAGGUACCUCGACGGCUGCCGCAACAUUGCGCUUGGCAAUUUGCACUGGAGUUACGAGAGCGGCCGUUACCUGGGUGCAGAGGGGGCUGAAGUGCGACAAACUCGCAUUAUGCGCCUUCCUUCUCCGGGUGUUUAA